CGGCCUCAAAAGCUCACCUCUUCCAUUCUCCGUCGUCCUCUCCUCCCCUUUCCCUUUCCCUUUCCACUUUGAUCCCAAAACACCAGACCUCGGAUCUAAUCUGCUUUCCUCCUGCAAUGGCUGCUACCCUCUCUGUUCGUGAGGAGCAUGUUUACAUGGCCAAGCUUGCCGAGCAGGCCGAGCGCUACGAGGAGAUGGUCGAGUUCAUGGAGAAGGUUUCAGCUGCCAUCGACAAGGAGGAGCUCACCGUCGAGGAGAGAAACCUUCUUUCUGUCGCAUACAAGAACGUUAUUGGCGCUCGCAGGGCUUCCUGGCGCAUCAUUUCCUCCAUCGAGCAGAAGGAGGAGAGCCGAGGCAACGCCGACCAUGUCUCUGUGAUCCGUGAUUAUAGAUCCAAAAUUGAGACCGAGCUCUCCAAUAUUUGCGAUGGAAUCCUCAAGCUCCUUGAUUCCAGACUCAUUCCCUCCGCCGUUUCUGGAGAUUCCAAGGUUUUCUACCUCAAAAUGAAGGGUGACUACCACAGAUACCUGGCCGAAUUCAAAACCGGAGCCGAACGCAAGGAAGCCGCCGAAAGCACUCUCACUGCUUACAAAGCCGCUCAGGAUAUCGCGAAUGCUGAGUUGCCUCCUACACAUCCUAUCCGACUUGGAUUGACCCUUAACUUCUCUGUAUUCUACUACGAAAUUUUGAAUUCCCCUGAUCGUGCCUGCAGUCUUGCAAAACAGGCGUUUGAUGAAGCUAUCGCUGAGUUGGAUACCCUUGGCGAGGAAUCCUACAAAGAUAGUACUUUGAUCAUGCAACUUCUUCGCGACAACCUCACUCUCUGGACAUCGGACAUGCAGGAUGAUGGUGCGGAUGAGAUCAAAGAAGCUCCCCCCAAGCGUGAGGAUGAAAAGCAGUGAGAUUAGUGGGUCCCCAAGUAGAGUUAAACUUCUCCUUUAUAUGUUUUUGAUAGGAGAAAAUGCUUGCUUGUUGUUGCUUAUUUUGUACUGUCCUGCCUUCUCUAAGGCUCUCAUGAUAUUUGGUUGCGAACCGAGCUGCUACAGAACCUUGUUUACCUUUUCUGAUUAAUUAUUAUAUAUCAAAAAUCAGUCUCUGUGUUCCUUC